UUGCAUCUUACUACCUCUGUUCCCACACGCUGCCCCUAUCUGAGACCUCCGUGAACCUUCAGAGAGGCGGCAGCUUCUUGUUCUUGUUCUUCUUCCUCUCCUCCUCCUCCUCCUCCUCCUUCACCCGUCAUUAUUUAUACCUAUCUGUCCGAAUCAUCCGACACAGUGGCUGCAAUCAACGCAUCGCCAUCAUCUUAGUCGGGCACAGCAGCAUGGCGGACGACUAUCAGAUGCUCGAGGAGCUGGGCAGCGGCUCCUUCGGCACCGUCUAUCGCGCGCUCUACAAGCCGACUGGUGAAUACGUCGCCAUCAAACACAUCGAUCUCGAAGGCAGUGACGAUGACAUCCGCGAGAUCCAGCUCGAAAUAUCACUUCUGGCUACCUGCAGCUCCGAAUAUGUCACCCGAUAUCGAACUUCUUUUGUGCGAGGCGUCAAGCUGUGGAUCGUGAUGGAGUAUCUGGGAGGAGGCUCGUGUCUGGAUCUGCUAAAGUCAUGUCCCAAGGGCAUGGAGGAGAAGUAUAUUGUCAUUAUCAUGCGAGAGCUGUUGCGGGGUCUGGACUAUUUGCACAGCACCGGCAAGAUCCAUCGAGACAUCAAAGCCGCCAAUAUCUUGUUGUCGGACAUGGGACAGGUCAAGAUUGCAGACUUUGGGGUGGCGGCACAGCUCACCAACAUCAAGUCGCAGCGAUUGACGUUUGUCGGCACGCCCUUUUGGAUGGCUCCAGAGGUCAUACAAGAGGCCGGUUACGAUUUUCGCGCUGAUAUUUGGAGCCUGGGAAUCACUGCCAUGGAAAUGGCAUUGGGCGAGCCGCCACGUAGCGAUGUGCACCCCAUGAAGGUGCUGUUCUUGAUCCCGAAAGAGAAGCCCCCGCGACUGGAGGGCACCAGGUUCACCCGAGAGUUCAAGGAGUUUGUUUCGCUCUGCCUCAACAAGGACCCCGAGAAGCGGCCGAGUGCGAAGUCAUUGCUGAAGCACGCUUGGAUCAAGCGCGCAGGCAAGACAGAGAUGUUGCAAGAGCUGGUGUGGAGGGCCAAGGACUACGAGCAGAAUGGCGCCGCUCGCGAGAAGGAUGUCCGAUACUACGAAGAGACGUUGCGAUCGAUGGGUCACACUGCGAACGAUGACGAAUGGGUCUUCGAUACAGUCAAGCCCGGUGCGAGCGUACGACCAAAGGCACAGGCGACUCCUACCAUGAAGCGCCGGAAGCUGGAGCGGAUACCAUCAGGCGAUGGGUCUGAUGUCGAGAACGCAACCUCUGCAUUGGAGCAUAUGAGCUUGAGUGCAGCGCCCUUGUCGGGAUCGAUCCGAACACCUUCGCGAGAAGCGAGCACCAUCCGAACGCCCAAAGUUCGCGGCCUGGGUACCCAUAGGAUUAUCCCGAGUAGCACACAGCGCAAAGCGUCUGCCGCAGCAUCGACUCGCAAAGUGUCUGGCUCAACACCCACUGCACGCAGGGUGAGCAGUCGCAACGUCUCCGGAGCGACGCCUACAUCCAGAAGAGUCAGUUCGCAACAACCGCCAAAGCAGCCGCUCGGGCUGGAUAUGUCGUUUGGAAACGGCACCUCCACGGUACGACAAUUCAAACGUGUCGGUUCUGGCCACCGUCCAUCAACGCCGCCAGAGCAGACUGGGAGCUCGCCUCAGGACAGCAUCUUCGACAGCGAUUCCGAGAACAAGCCGCCUCCGAUGGAUGCACCUCCUCCGCCGCCUGUAGCUGCAACAAAGGAGGCAGUUCUUGGGAGAAGAGCCUUUGCUAAGUGCCUGGACCCAGCAUUCCAAGAAACAUAUGCCGCCACUGCUGAUCGCACCAAACGAGAAGCCCUGAGCAACGUCGCCGAAGCGUGGUCCAGGCUUGAUGAAGUCGAUCCCGAAGGCGAGCUGUUACUCAUGAAGAGCAUGCUGGACCGCAUUCAAGCAGAUCCCAAGCUUGCAAGCGCCCUGAUGCCCCAACGAGUUGCACAAGCACAACUCGCCUCUCUCCGCCUCUCGCCUUCGAAAAAGAGCAUAGUGCAGGUCUCGGAAACAGAACUCUCCGCAUCGAGAAGUCUCACACCGCAAUCAUCGCCGUCGAAAGCAGUGCAACCAUCGCCGAGCAAGCGCGAGAGUACCGGCGCAGCGAGUCCGAGCAAACUCGUCCUCAAUCCGCAAAAUCCUCAUCUCAAGAAGAUGAGAUCGAGUCAGCAGUUACAUGCCGAACGGGAAAAAGCGGCCAUGGAAGAGAGGGCUCGAUUGGAAGAUAAGAUGCCUGGAGCGAAAGUGGAGCCUGGUAUGGAACAUGUCAGUAUGUUGUCUGAUGUGCUCUAUGGUCGGUGGACGGAGGGACUGAAGAGUCGAUGGCCUUUGGCUUAGAGAGCUGGAUGAUAUUGCGUGGGUGCGCACGACGUACGUACACCACUCGGGAUAUGUGUCACGUUUGUACAUAGGUAAUGGUGCUUUUAUGAUGAUGGACAGGUUGGAUCAGCAAUGCGGAGGAGAAUUGGCAUGGAAGCUGGUAAGGUGUACAAAAUCGGGAGAUGCGGGAUUCCAGACUGCUGGAUGUAUGUAGAUAGAUUAGAACUCCAACGAAUGAACAAUAUUCACG